AAAAGGCCCAGUGGCCCCUCUCUUCUACAUCCGCCUCCAACCGCGAUAGUGUCGAACCCAAACCCUCCCGUUCCAGACCAUCAAUCACGGCGCGGGGGUCGAGGAGGUGCGCUGCGCACGGCGGCGGCGGAGGAUGGCGAAGGGUGGAGGCGGGGGGCUGAUCUGGGCGACGGCGGAGGACCUGGCGCGGAACCGUCCGGUGGCGCUGUCGCUGUACCGGCAGAUCCUGCGGGCGCUGAACUCGCCGGAGCUGCCGUUGGGGCACGCGGCGCGGCUGGCGAAGAAGGCGGAGUGCCGCGCCAUCUUCCUCUUCGGCGCCGAGGAGAGGUCGCUCCACAACAUCCGGGACCUCCUCGACGCCGCGCGCCACACGCUUGGCCUCCUCAACCGCGGCCGCGUCCCGUAGCAAGGAAGGAAGGUCCAACGAGCUGCGGGCCUAUCUGCCCAAUCCCCGUGGGUAUUUCAUCUCUUUUAGCUUCCUUUCCUACUCCCGAUUGUGAGUUCUGGUUCACCUAUGUGUCGAUGAAUGGCCUAAGGUUGUGUCAUAUGUUCUAGUGAUUAGCAAACUACUACUGCUCCAUUUGUCGAAUUGGUCCUCUAUGUACACUGCAGGACUUAUAUUGCAGUUUCGCAAAGAAAAAGAAAGAUACUUGCCUGUUUCAA